CCUUCUCAGCCAUAUAAUAAAACAUCAUAAAAAAAAAAAACAAAAAGCCUCCGUCAUCAAAUCUCCUGGAUGAAAUAGUAAGGCGGCAUUCUCGUGAAAUCCAUUUAAAGCGUCCCCUUUGUUUACUUCAUUAAAACACCACUUCACAUCUCAUCCUCGUGACUGCAGUUAAUAUUCCCGCGGGUCCAUUCUCAGCUGAAUAUACUAAACAAGCACCUUUAAAACACACAAGCCACCCGAACCAAAGGGAAGUUCCAUCAUUCCAAAACAACACCCAACGGUCUUAUAAAUCCAUCCCCUCCGGACCGAUUUAACAAAUCACUCAAAAUGCAGAGCCUCCUUGUAAUCUUCUUCCUACUCCUCCUCCUUCAGCCAUCCUACUUAGAAUUUACGGUAGUGAUGCCGGAUUCGUCUAAUCUCGUUGACUCUCCCCAAACUGGUUUCUCGACUCGAGCUCGCACUGACCCCAAUGAACAACGCGCCGUCUAUGAGAUCAUGGCGGCCACCGGCAACACCUGGGCCUCAUCCAUCCCCGACGUUUGCCGCGGCCGAUGGCAUGGUAUCGAAUGCAUGCCAGACUCCGACGAUGUCUACCAUGUCGUCUCACUUUCAUUCGGCGCCCUUUCGGACGACACAGCCUUCCCCACUUGCGACGACGCCCCGCAAGGCGGAGCCACCCUCUCCUCCGCUGUCCUCCUCCUCCCACACCUCCGCAGCCUCUUCUUCUAUCGUUGCCUCGACGCCAACCCCCACCCGAUCCCUGCCUUUCUCGGCCGCCUUGGCCCCACACUCCGCUCUUUAGUCCUCCGCGAUAACGGCCAUGUGGGUCCCAUCCCGCCGGAGCUCGGCAACCUCACCUCGCUCCGCGUGCUCGAUCUACAUGGAAACCGACUUGAGGACUCAAUCCCUUCAUCUUUUUCCAGCUUGAUUAGUCUCCAGCUUCUGGAUUUAAGCAGUAAUCAGCUCAGUGGAGUCGUUCCAGAGCUCAAUUCUCCCUCUUUGAGCGUUCUGGAUCUGAAUCACAACCACCUCCAUUGCCGAAUCCCAUCUUCUCUUUCCAAGUGCGAAUCACUCCUCAAAAUCGACCUUAGCCAGAACCGCUUCAUCGGUUUGAUUCCAGAUUCGUUAAGAAGCCUUAAAAAUCUUAUUUUGCUGGAUCUCAGCCACAAUUCCCUCUCAGGCGGCCUCCCCUGUUCUACGAAAAACGGCUACGUUUCCUUACAAGCGCUGAUACUGAAAGGGAACCCCAUGACCUCUGCAACUAUUCCCGAAGACUGCUUCGCAGGAAUGAAGGAACUGAAUACGCUUAUACUUUCCGGAAUGGGAUUGGAAGGGCCGAUGCCGGAAUCCAUGAGCGAGUUGCGGAGCCUCCGAGUUCUUCACCUUGAGGGAAACAGCCUGAACGGUUCCAUUCCAGGAAACUUUAGGAGAUUGGAUAAGCUAAGUGAGUUGAGAUUAGAUGAUAAUAGGUUGGUUGGGAGGAUUCCGUUUGAAAGGGAGAUGAUGUGGAGGAUGGGGACGAAGCUCAGGGUAUCGAAUAACUCAGGGCUCUGCUUGGAAAUGGAAAAUGGAGGAGGCGAAGGAUUGGAAUCCAUGGCGGGGAUAACCUACUGCGACCCGGAGACGAUGAGGACUGUGGGGGAAGAAAAGGGAAGUGGAGCGGAGACGAAGCACCUUUCGGUUUGGAACGUCGGAGGCUGGAGACCUUUUGUUCUGAGAUCCGCGGCUGAAAAGCGCGCAAGAGAAAUUAUUCGAGAUUUGUUUUUUAUUGGUACUGUUCUUCGUAUUUUAGUGGUUUGAGAGAACUGAAUUGUGAAAAAGUAUUUUCUGGCGAAAUGCUGGUAAAGAGAAGAACUUUAUGUACAUUUUUUAACUGUAAACAUUCGCGCUC